AAUAUCAAGUUCUAGCUCAGUUGCGUACCGAACUUGAACUUGAGCAGAACGGUAUAUUGUGUACCAUUGUACAUGAAUAAAUAGAGAGACGUCGUCGGGUCGGUUAAAUAGUUUGUUUAAUAAUUUGCAUAAAGUGACCAUUUAGACGUUUUAAUUGUUUCCCACACCCACACAUCAUACGAAUAAUAUUUACUUGUCGAAACAAGAUUUGAAGGAAAAAUGCUCGAUAUCAUAUUGAUAUUAGUGACUGUAUCUCUGUUCAGUUAUGCUUUCUUCAAGUGGGGUACGAUAAACGAUAAUUACUUCAAGGAUCGCAAUUUUCCGUCUAUGAAACCAACAUUUUUACUUGGAAACAUGGGUGCAUUUAUGAUGAAACGACAAACGGCACGAGAAUUUUCCGAUUCCCUUUACAAUGCGUAUCCGACGAAGAAAUUGUAUGGAAUGUUCGCUUUUCGUGAGCCGAGUGUGGUGGUACGUGAUCCAGAUACUUUGAAGCAAUUGACCAUCAAAGAUUUUGAAUUUUUCGAGGACAAACAAUUGAUUGGAAAUGAGUCAGAUAAAUUGAUUGGAAAGAGUUUAAUUAUGCUGAAAGGCACCAAAUGGCACGACAUGAGAUCCACAUUGAGCCCUGCCUUCACUGGUAGUAAGAUGCGGCAAAUGUUUGAUUUACUUAUCGAAAAUUCCAUUAACAUGGCAACGGAAAUGAAAAAUAAAAAAACUUCCCUCGAAUUGGACAUGAAGAGUCUUUUCAACAAACUAACAAUUGAUAUGACCGCCAACUCAGCAUUCGGCAUAAAAAUAAACUCAUUCGAAGAUCCAAACAACGAAUUUUACGUUAUGGCCGAGGAUUUGUUGAAUUUUAAUCGGCCGAAAACCAUCGUCAAAUUCGCCUUUAUGAAUCUACUGCCCAAACUGGCCAAAUUUCUUGACAUUCAGGUGUUUGAUGCUGAAGUUGCUAAAUUUUUCAAAGGAAUGGUAAUGUCGAAUAUGGACACUAGAGCGAAGGAGGGAAUUUUCAGACCCGAUCUCAUAAAUUUGCUGAUGCAAAUUCGUAGAGGUGAAGACGUACAGUCAACAGCUACAGACGAAAAUAAAGGAACGGAUGGAUUUGCGACGGUCGAAGAAUUCAGUGCCGGUAAAAAAUCCAAUAAAAUUCAAUGGACCGACGAAGAGAUAGUGGCGCAGUGUUUCCUCUUCUUUUUCGCCGGCUUCGACCCGAUCUCCAAUCAUCUCGGCUUCACAACAUACGAAUUGGCUGUGAAUCCCGAUGUGCAACAGAAACUGUUUGAAGAGAUAGAAGAAGUUGAGUCCCGAUUGAAUGGCAAAAGGAUAACCUACGAUCAGUUGCAAAAGAUGAAAUAUUUGGACAUGGUGAUAUCGGAAAGUCUGCGAAAAUGGCCACCAAUCGCACUGACCGAUCGGCUUUGCGUUAAGGAUUACAUGUAUGAAGAGGAUGGCGUCAAAUUCAAAAUCCGAAAAGGAAUGAUGCUCGCUGUUCCAUCGAUAUCGCUCCAUUAUGACGAAAAAUAUUUCCCGAAGAGUAAUGACUUCGAUCCGGAACGGUUUAAUGACGAAAAUAAGAGGAACAUUGUACCGGGCACCUAUAUACCAUUCGGAAUCGGGCCACGUAACUGUAUUGGCUCGAGAUACGCAUUGAUGCAGGCUAAAGUGACCAUUUACUAUCUGGUGUUGAAUUUCAAGCUACUCCCAUAUGAAAAGACGCAAGUUCCAUUGAAACUGGAUAAAACACCAAUGGGAAUGUAUACUGAGAAAGGCAUUCACUUGAAAUUUGAACCGCGCGAUAACUAACCGCAGUUUGAAUACUGUGACCACUGUGACAGUGCUGAUAUUAUUGAUGAGAUUAUAAUUCAUUCACUUUCUGUAAGUAUUAAAGUGUCUAGUCAUCAUGCUAAA